AUGCCCGUCAAUAGUCGUGUCUGCGACCGAUGCAUCAAGAAAAAAGUCAAGUGUGACCUACGACGUCCUCAUUGCUCUCGUUGCUUAGAAUCUAGCUAUUCGUGUACGUAUUCGACACGGAAGCGAAAGCCGGGUCCUCCACGAGGGUUUCGGCCGAGGACUCGCAAUAGUUCAGCAUCGAAUCCGCCGGUCAUCAGCCCACCAAAUCAUCAGGCAAAUAGCGACGAAUCAACAUCUGUGACGUAUUUCCAGCAGAGUGAUCAACUUGAAACCCCCGUAUUCAACAAUGAUGUUUCAGUACAUUUCGCACCAUGCAUUGAUCGUGUCGGUCCGAGCUUCUUACCGUAUGUGGCUAUGGCUGUACCUGCGUUAGGGUUGCCUAGCUUCCCAGGCUAUUACUUGGACUCUUCGCAGGAAAAAGACAUUUUACUGCGGUUUUUCGACGACAUACAUCCCGCUAUCCCACUGUUUCAGAAAAGCAGAUUUCUUAAGUCGUACGAUGAAGGUACAGCUUGUUAUGAUCUAGUCGUAAUAAUUAAUGCAAUCACGACCAAACUCCUAGGACCAGUUGAGUUUUGGAGUUCUGAGGAUGUAGACGCGUGUAUAAACUCACUACUCGGGUCGACAGCUUAUGAAAGCGAUUCAUUAGGCUCUCAGACUAGUCUAGAUCAUCUUAGGCAAGAAUGCCUCCUCGCCUAUUACAACUUUCAUCAGUUUCCCGGGCCAUCAGCCGGGAUGAGAAUAAGCCGAUUAACGCGCAAGGCUUAUACCUUGGGGCUCAAUCAAAUAGAGAAUCCCGACUUGUGUUCAGCCUUUAAUCACGGGUUAGUAACAGAAGAUGAGAUUGAAGAUUGGAGAUACAUAUGGUGGUGUAUCUACCGUCUCGAUUCAUAUUCAAAUAUUGCUUUGGGUACCCCUUUUAUGGUCGACGUGGAAAGUAUCAACAGCGCUCUCGUCAGGAGGUCAUUAUCUGAUGAGGUGGUUUCACACUCGCCCAAACUAUUCUUAACUGACGACAUAGACCAACUCUGGAGAACUUUGCAAGAUGUUGUGUUAAAUUAUUGUGGGCGAGAGUUGAAUAUUCACAUUCUUACCACCGCAAUGUUGCGCUAUGCUGGAAGCGUCUUAACGCUUAGGGCCACGAGAAAAUGUGUCGACUCUAAAACUGCUGUUCUAGGAGAUGCUCUUACUUCAGUUCUCCUCGUAUUGCCCCCUGGAUAUCUUAAUCCAAAGCGCAACGUACUAGCGGCCGAAUCUGAUAUUCACCAUUGCAUCCGGGUUACCAACAUAUUGCAUCUGCACAUGACGCGCCUUGUCGCCUCCUUACCCUCGAACCUAUAUGCCAACGAGGCUCAAUGGUUAGACUGCUGGCAACGAAGCCUUGAAACUUGCCAGGAUAUCGUCUCGGUUGUUGAUGAAUGGGAUAAUCAGUUCUGGUCUCGUGUUGAUCCCGCACUAUGUCUCAUUAUAUUCAAGGCUCUCUGGGUCACGAACCUACACCGCAGAUGUAUUGCCGAUGCAAGGUCGUCGUUGAUAUCCUGCCUGGCUCAUUCCGAGAGUACUCUCAUACUAUUCUUAGAAAGAUUCUCGAAAAUAUGGAUGCUACCCAAAGUUUUGCUUCCAAGCAAUGAUCUACUAACAUAUGCCGAUGUAGACCGGUUAAUGAAUCGGUUCAAAAUGCCCCUUCAUCCAAAAACACGACUGCGGACGUGCUCGAUAGAACCUAAAGAAACGGGGAUAUCUGGAGGAGUUAAUACAACUACCGCCUUUACGAAUCUAUAACCUCUCAUUUGACAUAUAAGACCCAGUGAUUCGGGGGGUUCAUAGGAUCGCAUGAAGUCUAUCUAGAUAAUAUCAAAACCAAUCAGGUAAUGUUUCUUGCGGCUAUUGGAAAUGACAUCUAUGUUAGUUAUGAUGCGUUUUUACUAGUUUGCUUCGCAUGAAAUUGUAACACGCCGCAAGUCUUAAUGUUCGCGGUAGGGUUUCGCUUAAAUCUACGUAUCAAGUUCUGGCCUUUCCUACUUUAUCUGGUUAACAGGUAGGUGAGAACUUUAGUCAGUAGAACUAUUUAACUUAUCCUACUUAACUUCAAG